AUGGGGCUAAGAGUUGCCAGCCUUUUUAUGCUCUGGCUGGCUCUUUCCUAUGCAAACGAAAUAAGAAAAGGAAGGACAAGAAAUCAUGGCCACUCUGUCUGCAGCACUUGGGGAAACAACAAUUUCAAAACUUUUGAUGGAGACAUCUAUCAAUUCCCUGGCAUUUGCGAGUAUAAUUUUGCUUCUGACUGCCGAGAGUCUUAUAAGGAGUUCUCUGUCCACAUUCAGCGUGCUCUGAACAGCAAUAACCACCCUGAGAUCCAGUACAUUCUGCUAACGAUCAAGGACUUUACGGUGUACCUCAGACCAAAACUGGCUGUGGUGGAUGGGAGGAUUGUGAAGACACCUUACUACAGCUCUGGUGUGCUCAUUGAGAGCAAUGACAUUUACACCAAGGUUUAUGCCAAAUUAGGCCUGGUUCUGAUAUGGAAUCAGGAAGACGCACUGAUGGUGGAGCUGGACAGCAAAUUUAAUAACCAUACAUGUGGUCUCUGUGGGGAUUACAAUGGAGUUCCAAUCUACAAUGAGUUUAUCAAUGGAAUUGCAAGCUACAAUUCAAUUACAUAUGGGAAUUUACAGAAGAUCAGCAAACCCAAUGCCAAAUGCGAAGAUCCUGAUGAAACUCAGCCUCUUCCAAGCUGUAAUGAGCACCGCGAUGAGUGUGAGAGGUUGCUGACUUCCUCUGCAUUUGCUGAUUGUUGGUUACGUCUCAAUUUGGAAACGUACAUCCAAGCCUGCAUGCAGGACAAGUGUUCAUGUAAUAGAAAUGAGGACUCCUUCUGCCUCUGCAGCACCAUCUCUGAGUAUUCUCGUCAGUGUUCACAUGCAGGUGGCCAUCCAGGAGAAUGGAGGACACAGUACUUUUGCCCCAAGACCUGUCCUCAUACCAUGAUCUACAAAGAAAGCAGCUCACCCUGCAUGGAUACUUGCUCACACUUGGAAAUCAGCAGCCUUUGUGAGGAACACUACAUGGAUGGUUGUUUCUGCCCUGAAGGAACUGUGUAUGAUGAUAUUACUGAAAAAGGCUGCAUACCUGCUAGCCAGUGCCACUGCAAGCUCCAUGGAGAGGAAUAUUCACCUGGAGAAAGCAUCACCAACGAAUGUGAAGAAUGCACCUGCAAUUCAGGCAGAUGGACAUGUAAAGAUUUACCCUGUCCAGGCACAUGUUCAGUGGAAGGAGGUUCCCAUAUUACCACCUUUGAUGGGAAGAAAUACACCUUCCAUGGAGACUGUUACUAUGUGUUGGCAAAGGGUACUGUAAAUGACAGUCAUGCUCUCCUGGCAGAGCUGUCUCCCUGUGGCUCCACAGACAGGCAGACCUGUUUGAAGACUGUUGUGCUGUUAGUAGAUCACAAAAAAAAUGUGGUGGUUUUCAGAUCAGAUGGCAGUGUGUUACUGAAUGAGAUGACAGUGAAUGUGCCUCAUGUGUCAGCCAGCUUCUCGGUAUUCAAACCAUCUUCCUACUACCUUGUUGUACAAACUUCUUUUGGGCUUCAGCUGCAGAUCCAGUUGUUUCCAGUCAUGCAGCUGUUUGCGACUGUGGAUCAAUCAGUUCAAGGAAAACUUCAAGGUCUUUGUGGAAACUUUAAUGGAAUGGAAGGUGAUGACUUUAAAACAACCAGUGGGCUGGUAGAAGCUACAGGGUCUGCCUUUGCUAACACAUGGAAAGCUCAAUCCACCUGUACAGACCAGGCAGAAAAGCUGGAAGACCCCUGCAGUCUCAGCAUUGAAAGUGCAAAUUAUGCUGAGCAUUGGUGUUCACUGCUGAAAAACCCAGAGGGUCCUUUUGCAAGAUGUCACUUAAUCAUUGAUCCUUCAGAACACUAUAAGAAAUGUAAAUAUGACACGUGCCUCUGCGAAGACAAUGAAGAGUGUUUGUGUGCUGCCCUGUCCUCUUACUCAAGAGCCUGUGCUUUCAAAGGGAUCAUACUGGCAGGCUGGAGAAAAAGCAUCUGCAGUAAUGAAGUGUCUGCCUGCCCAGGAAAUCAAAUCUUCCUUUACAAUCUUACAAUGUGCCAGCAAACCUGUCGUUCCCUUGCUGAUGGAGAAAAGCAUUGCUUGCAAGACUUGGCUCCUGUGGAUGGCUGUGGCUGCCCAUAUAAUACAUACCUGGAUAACCAGGAUACCUGUGUGCCCGUCUCCAAGUGCCCGUGUUAUUACAAGGGAUCAUACCUGGAACCGGGGGAAUAUGUCACAAAAGAUGGAGAACGUUGUGUUUGCCGAAAUGCAAAGGUCCAGUGUACUUCAGUGACAAUAGGAAUGAAAAAUGCAACAGAAUGUUCUUCUAAUAAGAUGUACUUUGACUGCAAUACAUCCCCAAAGUGGACUUCGCAAACACCUGUACAACUUAGCUGUCAUACUCCUCGAACUGAUCAUUUCCAGGCAGAGUGUGUCUCGGGCUGUGUGUGUCCUGAAGGUCUAUUUGAUGAUGGUAAAGGGGGCUGUGUUGAAGAGAAGGACUGCCCAUGCAUUCAUAACAACCAGUGGUAUUCUUCUGGACAGAAGGUAGCAGUGGACUGCAAUACUUGUACCUGCCAAAGAGGGUUUUGGAGCUGCACUGAAUAUGUGUGCUAUGGGACUUGUAUGAUAUAUGGAAGUGGCCAUUAUAUCACCUUUGAUGGAAAAUUCUAUGACUUUGAUGGGAGUUGUGAAUAUGUGGCUACUCAGGAUUUUUGUGGUGAUAAAAAUUCCAGUGGCUCGUUCAGUAUCAUCACAGAGAGUGUCCCUUGUGGAACUACAGGAGUCACCUGCUCAAAGGCUAUUAAAAUGUUUCUAGGGAAAACUGAACUGAAACUGGAGAACAAAGAUUAUAAAGAAAUUCAGCGAGAUAUUGGUGAUGAUGUGCGGUAUUGGAACAGGACAGUAGGCCUCUACCUUGUUAUUGAGGCUAGCAAUGGUGUGAUGCUUAUCUGGGAUAAGAAGACUACUGUUUUCAUCAAGCUGACCCCUAAUUACAAAGGCAAAGUGUGUGGUCUGUGUGGCAACUUUGAUGACAAGUCUAACAAUGACUUUACGACAAGGAGUGGGCUGCAGGAAGCUAAUGCUCUGAAGUUUGGGAAUUCCUGGAAACAGUCUUCCAUGUGCCCAGAUGUCACAGAAGAGAUUAAGCCCUGUGAUGUGAACGCACAUCGGAAGUCCUGGGCAGAGAAAGAAUGCAGCAUCAUCCGGAGUGAAGUCUUUAAAAUUUGUCACUCCAAGGUGGACCCAAAUCCUUUCUAUGAAGCUUGUGUUCACGAUGCCUGCUCUUGUGACACUGGUGGAGAUUGUGAGUGUUUCUGUUCUGCAGUCGCUGCGUAUGCUCAAGAAUGUACCAAGGCUCAGGCCUGUGUUUUCUGGAGAACUCCUGACGUAUGCCCGAUAUUUUGUGACUACUACAACCCUCGUAAUGAGUGUGAUUGGCACUAUGAGCCUUGUGGCAGUAAUGUCAUGACCUGCAGGGUGAUUAAUAAUGUCAGCACCAACUUUUCAGUACCAUACCUGGAAGGUUGCUACCCCAGAUGCCCUGAGGACAAGCCUGUUUAUAAUGAAGAGACAAAGGAAUGUGUGCGUGAAGAUCAAUGUGGGUGUUAUGUCAAUGGAACUUAUGUUCCCCCUGGGAGUGAAAUACCCACAGAAGAGAGCUGUACACAAUGUGUCUGUGGCGCCUCAGGAUCCAUACACUGUACAACAAUCGUAGGGUGCCCUUGUGUCAUCAAUGGAACAAGUUACAAAGUGGGUGAAACUGUGGCACAAAUACAGGAUGGCAACAUAUGUAUAACAUACGUUUGUGCAGAAAAUAGUUCUAUAGUUGUUGGAAGUAUUUAUCCUUGUCCAACAUCUACUUCACCUACAACCAUUUCAACCUACUCCCCUACCAUUACUCCUACCAUCACAGUUACCACUACAAGCCCUCCAGUAAGCACAACUCCAUGCUUUGGAUUAAUCUGUGAUUGGACUGAAUGGUUUGAUGUUAGUAAACCUGAAGACGGUGAUGGUGACUAUGAAACCUACGAUGCAAUAAGAAAGCAACAUGGAAACAAAAUAUGUGAAGCUCCUGAAGAAAUUGAAUGCAGGGCUAAAGAUAAACCCGAUGUGAGCUUAGAGGAACUUGGCCAGAAAGUGGAGUGUAAUGUUACAUAUGGACUAAUCUGUAAAAAUGAUGAGCAAGAUGCAAAUAUGUGGCUACUUUGCUAUAAUUAUGAAAUCAGGGUAAACUGUUGUGAGUGGCGUGAAAUUUCUUGUGAGACUACACCGAGACCAACGCCAACUGCAACUUCAACCACCACCAGCACAACAGUACCUACCACCACUACAACCAGGCAGCCAACAACAAUUAUCAGCACAACCAUACCCACCCCAACCAUCACAAGUGAAUUUACACCAACAGUCACCACCCCAGUAACUUCAACAUCUCCAG